AUGGGUCACGCAGCCGGUCUCCGCGCGGGUACGCGCUAUGCUUUCUCUCGCGAUUUCAAAAAGAAGGGAAUGAUCCCGCUCUCGACCUACCUCAAGCAGUACAAGGUCGGUGAUAUCGUCGAUGUCGUAGCCAACGGUGCCGUCCAGAAGGGUAUGCCCUACAAGGUCUACCACGGCAAGACCGGUAUCGUCUACAACGUCACCAAGUCCGCCGUCGGUGUCAUCCUCCAGAAGCAAGUCGGCAACCGAUACAUGGAGAAGCGCAUCAACGUCCGCAUCGAGCACGUCCGCCACUCCCGCUCACGAGAGGACUUCCUCAAGCGCGUCAAGCUCAACUUCGCCAAGCAACAAAAGGCCAAGGAGACUGGCGAGCCCCAACAGAUGAAGCGCCAGCCCGCACAGCCCCGCGCCGAGCACAUUGUCAGCCUCAAGGAGCAGAAGCCGGAGAACAUCACACCCGUACCUUACGAGACCUACAUCUAG